AUGAAGAAGCUGUUUGACGCCCAGCCCAAGAGGGUCCAGCAGUAUGCAGUGGAUGUGACCCUCGAUCCUGAUACAGCACAUCCUGCUCUCAUCCUGACUGAUGAUGGAAAACAAGUUAAGCAUGCUGAUGUAUGGAAGAAUCUCCCAGACAAUCCAGAGAGAUUUGAUAUUUGUGUUCAUGUCUUAGCAAAGCAGAGUUUCUCUUCAGGGAGAUUUUACUACGAGGUUCAGGUUAAAGGGAAGACUGAGUGGGAUUUAGGAGUGGCCAGAGAGUCGAUCAACAGGAAGGGACAAAUCACAAGGAGUCCUCAGGAUGGUCACUGGAUGAUAUGUUUGAGGAAUCAAAAUAAGUACUUCGCUCUUGAUGACCCUCCAGUCCGUCUCUCUCUGAAGUCUCAGCCUGAGAAGGUGGGGGUGUUUGUGGAUUAUGAGGAGGGUCUGGUCUCCUUUUAUGAUGUUGAUGCUGCAGCUCUUAUCUACUCCUUUACUGGCUGCUGCUUCACUGAGAAACUCUACCCAUACUUUAAUCCUGGUCUUAAUGAUGGUGGUAAAAACUCUGCCCCUCUGAUCAUCUCUCCUGUCAAUCACACUGAGUAGAACAAACAUUUGAUUUUCUACAUUUAAUGUAAUAAAUGUAUAUUUAUCUAUAUACAUUGUUUUUCAGAUUCUUAUCAAUGUGUUUUUUUCUGUAAAUGUUUCUUUGGUGUGUCAUGUUGCAACUUUCUACUACAACACACCAAAUUUCACUGCUCUGAUUGAUUUUAUUUAAUGUUGUCUAAUUUAUUCUAAUAACUGCAUUACAUGCCUUCAACACUGUUAAAUCAUCAGAACACAAUGUCGUCAGAAAUAAAAAGAAUUUGCACUUUCUUUAAAUGUCUGGGUGUCAAAUUCUAAACCUUCAACUGACAGAUCAUUGUUUCUAUGAGAAGUGUUGCAUACUGGCACAAAUUACUGAAGAGCAGUUUAUAAAUGUGACAAAAGUCUUCUGCUUUUCUUUAGUUUUCUUGGUUACAGCCAUCGCUGGCAGCCAUUUAGUGUAUAUUAAUUGUGGUGAUCCUAUUGUUUUCUUCCUUUGUAAUUUGUAAGCUUAAGGGUGCUGACCUCUUUUCGUUCUUUAGUGUAUUUUUGAGUCAAGAGCUAGUAACUUAAGUAACUAGUUACUUAAUGGUUGUUUGGCAGCACCUGUAUAGGCCCUUUCUGUUGUAUUCCCUUGUGCAAGCGCAUUCCUUGGUUAAUUAAACUCCUGACUUUAAACAGAA